AUGUUGAUUACGCGUGGAAUAUUUUUUUUAAGCCUCCUUCUAAUAUUUUUUGUGACACCUACCUUUAUCGGUGCAACGAAGCCAUAUGAUUCAAAUGAUCCUAGCACUUGGAGUUCACAGGAGCUUAAAGAAUGGUUAUCAGAGCAUCGUGUAAUUUAUAAAGGUAUUCCAGAAAAGAAAGAUUUGGUUUGUUUAGUCAAAAAUCAUAAGGAUGAAGUGUCAAAGACAACGAAAGAAUCUGUUCAAGAUUUCGUAAAUUAUUAUAUUGGAUCUCUUAAAGAUGUUGACUACGAUGCGAGAGAACUUACUCAAGACAAAUACAAUGAAUACAGUCAAAAAGUCGCUAGUCAAAUUGAAUAUAUUAGGCAGCAAACUCAUCUUACUGAAGAACAAGUUAAUUCAGUUUUUGACCAAAUAUUCGAACGAUUAAAAAGUACCAAAGCCGCUGCGAAUAAAAAUUUAGAAAAGGCUCUUUACCAAAUCAAGGAUUCAUACUCCCUAGCUAAAGAACGUAGAGACGCUAUUAUUCAUGAUGCUUCAAGCAGAAUUGAAAAAGAUUUAUCAACCAGUAAGGAAGUUUCUCAAAAGACUGUAGACUGGUUUAAAGAAGAAAUUUAUAAAUUGAAUGAGAGCGGGGCUUUUGCUAAAUCACGCCUUGGAACUCAAGUUAGCCUGAUUUUACAUGGUAUUCAAGAGAGAUUAACACAAAAUAAAAUCGCGACUGCUGAUCAAGUUAACACUGCUUAUGAUAAAUUGAAUGCGGCUGUUGAAGAUUCUUACCGGUCUAUUAAUGGAACUUUAGAACGAAUUCGUAAAGAACUCUAUGAUUCAAUUGGAAGUAACGCUGAAACUGUUGUUGAAUCAAUAAGAAAUCAAUUAUCUACCGUUAAUGAUUAUCGUCUUCUGACUCAGGAGAAAAUUCAGGCCAUUCUUGAUAAUAUUGGUCAAACUCUUCAAGAUGGAAAGACUUAUACAGUUGACCAGAUUCAAUAUAUUAAAGAUACAAUCAAAAGAGGUUUCGGCGCCGUCAGAUAUUACUAUAGUUCAGCUACUGGUCAGACGAAACAAGAUGUUUACUGGACUAAGGACGAGCGUUUAAAUAAAAUUAUUAAGGGUAUUCAAGACAAAAUUCAGGAAUUAAAGAAAAAAGGAGAUCAAAAACUUUCCCUGCAUGAAAUAGAAACUGAUAUCUCGCUUCAACAACUUAAUCCUGGACAAGCAAGGAUCCUUUCCGAUGUUAUAAAAGAACAACUUGGGAAUCUAAAAAAUGUUCGAGAUCUUACUGAAGAAAAGGUUUUAUCCUUUUUGAAUGCUGUAAAAGUCAAGUUGGCUGAUACCGGUGAAUAUUUAGGUGAAAGUUAUGAUACAGUUAAAGAUACAGUUAAAGAAAAAGUUUCUAGUGGGUAUGAUACUGUGAAUGAAGGUUAUCAGGCUGCUAAGAACAAAGCUUCGGAGGGUUACGAAAAAGCAUCCGAUAAAUUGGGAUUUGAUAAGAUGAAAGAGCAAUUAAAACAUGAAAAAGAUGAAUUGUAA